AUGAAAGUGAAAGUGAAGAAAAACAUCUUGAGGACUUUUAUUGCUGUUGUGGUAAUUGCAUCGGUUGUUCAAACAAUAAAGAUCAUUAAGAACUUUAAUAUAUAUGGCUUUGAAUUCGAAAAGCUGUUGAAUAUCAAAUUGAAUAAUUUUUAUGUAAAUUUUUUACAUUUUGAUUAUGAUCUCGAUCAUGAUUCAACAUUCCAAUCAAUGGUAGAACAUAUGAAAACAAAAUAUGCUGGAGAUGAAGAUUUUAUAGUGAACAUUAAUGAAAGAGGUGUAGAUGAAUCUGAUACCUUUGAAGUUAUAGAAAUACCGUCUUUUUACGAAACAGGCCAUGUAAAACCUUUGAUUCAACCUUAUGAUCCUAGAUUCACUAUGAUGAUGUAUUUACAUCGUUUACUCCAUAAGGAGGAAGCUAUUGACUUCCAUUGGGCUGAUUGGGUAGAUUUCUCAAAGUUAAAUAAAUUCAUUUUUGAUAAGAAGUCGUGUGACCAAUUUGAUAUCAAAGGAGAUGAAGAAUUAACAAAAGACAGUGAACACGUUUUGUCUAUUGAAGAUUAUUGUAAAGAUGUGAAAUCAGGCUUGGGUUUCCAAAUUACCAACCCUCCUUAUCAACAGACUCUUGAAAAUAAUGAAAUUUUAGGGAAAUCCUACGUUUACAGUUCAUUCCCACCUCCUCUUAAAAUGGUUUUAUUGGGAGAUGGUGGUGAUCAUCAUAUAGAGAUCAAGAACAAUGAUAACGAUAUAAAAAAGGGUUUAUUAUACAAUAAAUACGUAGAAGAUUCCCAAUUAGGUAAGUUCACCGAGAAGGAUCUUUUGAACAAAUAUGAUGAUUUCAAGAAAUCCCGUAAACUGUCAUCUACCAAGCAUUCAGAUAUCUCCGAAAAAGACUAUAAGUUCAACGCUGAAGACAAAAUCAAGGAAUUGAAAGAUAAGAACCGUAAUGCUGUGGAAGAAACUUAUUUAAAAGCUCUUGAAUAUUCAGUUUCAACUAAUGAUCCAUAUAAAUAUUUCUUUGAAACCAAAUUACUUAAUAAGUAUGAAGAAAGAUGGGUAGGUGAACAUUAUGAUUGGAGAUUUUUCAAUGGUUUGGCUAUUGGGGAGGAUCAUCAAAUGGUUACUUUAUAUAAAUUGAUCAAGAAUUAUUUGAAAUUUUGUCAUAACGAAGGUAUCAUUACUUGGAUUGCACAUGGUUCAUUAUUGUCAUGGUAUUGGAAUGGACUCAUUUUCCCAUGGGACACUGAUAUUGAUGUUCAAAUGCCUAUUUCAGAAUUACAUAAAUUAUCUGAAAGGUUCAAUCAAUCACUUAUCGUAGAAGAUGUUAAUAGUGGAUAUUCUAAGUAUUUUGUUGAUGUUAGUAGUAGUAUUACUCAUCGUAAGAAGGGUAAUGGAGCUAACAAUAUCGAUGCUAGAUUCAUUGAUGUGGAUACUGGAUUAUUCAUUGAUAUCACUGGUUUAGCUAUAACUGAUGAAAAUAAACCAGGAAGAUAUAAAGAUAUUGAAGCCGCUCAUUGUAGAAAUAACCAUUUCACCGCUAUUAAUGAAAUAAGUCCCUUGAUAGAAGUUCAUUUCGAAGAUCAAAAAACUUACAUCCCAAAUAAAUUCUUGAACAUUUUGGAUUAUGAAUAUAAUAUCAAUUCCAUUAGUGACAAGAAUUACAAGGAUUAUAUUUAUUUGAAGAAUUUAAGAAUAUGGGUGGUUACUCAAAAGGUAUUGGAUUAUAUAAAUGAUCCUAAAAAGUGGCUUUUAGAUAAAAAUCCCGAUUCUCCAAACUUACAGCAAAGAGAUGAUUCUCAUUCAUUACAAAAAAGAGUCAUUGGAAAAAUCGAAAAACUUCAAAUAAAUAAGUUGACCAAGAACGAUUACGUCAAUCUUAUUCAAGAUAAAGAAAUACUUCAAGAAUACUUAAUCACAAGACAAUCAACAAGUUUCCAUACCAGAGAAAUGGAUUCAAUCUUUAAAGGAGAAAAACUCCAUGAAAAACCACCCCAAUUCAAAUUAACUUACAAGAAAAUGAAGGAUUUCAAUAACGAAGUAAAUAAGGUAAUUGGCAUGAAUAAUAACGAGAAUUAA